AUGCACCGCGAAACACGCGCCCAUCUCAGAACCUUCAAGCCCCUUCUUCGAGCCUAUGCCUUGGGUUAUCUCAGUGUCACAGCACCCAGGCUGUUUGGCUUCCUGAGCACUCUGCGACGUAGUCAUCUGCCGUCCCGAGAGAUUCUGUCCAUUCUUCGGAAGAUCCUCCUCACAUCCACCCAGCUCAAUCGCUUCCCGACCGCCGCCGCCGUCAUCGUGGGCGGAGCAACUGCCCUCCCACGUUUGCUUCAGGCGAUUCUUGAAUUUGUUCUGUUAUCACGACGCAGGGGGCCAUCUGCACGUCUCAGCAGGAGUCUAGUGGCAUGCAUCCGCUUCCUGAGCUCCUUGUGGUCGGCAUGGCUGGCCUUUGCGUUGCUCAACCGCGAUGAAACAUGGGUUCGAAGGCGCGCGAUAUCUCGAUCCAAUCCGAAUACCGAUGCCAAUGCUCUCGGCACAUCGACUCUACAUCAACCAUCUCCGCCAUCGUAUCAUCCUCACUAUGCUGGCAAAACGAUUGAUUUUACAGCAUUUGCCUUUUGUCGUGCGCUGGACGUCGUGGUGAUAACGCUUUGGACCCGCACUCGAACUCGAUCAUGGCAUCCGGAACAUCGAAAUCCCCGACUCUCAAACCUCAUCCGCAACCUCGCCGAUCCCUCGGUCUUCGCCAGUUCCGCUGCAAUCGUCAUGUGGUCAUGGUUCUAUUCGCCCGAGCGACUCCCUCGCUCAUACAAUCACUGGAUCUCGAAAGCGGCCGACAUAGAUCCUCGUCUGAUUCAGGCACUGCGGUUAGCUCGACAAGGCAAUUUCGUCUACGGCGAGGAUACAGGUCAAGCACCGCUCCUGACCGGUCUUUGUCGGAAGCUGAACUUACCUGACGAAUUUGCCGACCCCGCCAAGACCAUUCCAAUCCCCUGUGAGCUGUAUCAUUGUGGAACGGGCAAAAGUUGUGAAAUCCAUGCGCUUUCCAGGUUUUGGAGGGGGUGGAAAUUUGCAAUGGGAAUAUAUCUGCCUCUUCAACUGCUGACAAUCUUGCGUUCGCCGAAACCCAAGUCUAUCUUCAAGGCGCUUCGGGGUGCAGCAAGGUCCUCAUCGUUCUUGGCCUGUUUUGUUGCUUCGUUCUACUACGCGGUCUGUUUAGCUCGCACUCGGCUUGGCCCUAGGAUCUUCUCGCCAAAAACAGUAACGCCCCAGAUGUGGGAUUCGGGACUCUGUGUACUGGCAGGCUGCCUUGCGUGUGGGUGGUCCGUUCUUCUCGAGAAACCGAGUCGACGACAGGAAAUUGCCUUCUUCGUGGCACCGAGAGCGCUGGCGACUAUUCUUCCUCGCGUCUAUGAUCAGCGAUACCGUCAUAGGGAACAAGCAAUUUUUGCCACGAGCGUCGCAAUUGUUUUGACAGCGCUGAACUCUGGCAAUGAGCGGAGUGUCCGAGGAGUUCUUGGGAGAAUCUUGGCUGGCAUUCUGAAAGACUGA